CGGCAAAGUUUUAUUGUCCUCCACAACUCAAACUCGCGGACCGCUUGCAAUGACCGCCCCGAAGAAGAAAGAGCAGACAAGCCUAAGAUCCACAUUCAGAUCUCCGCAGCCCAUGCGAUUGCCGCAUGUUCCUUCUUUUCAAAGGCCCUCACGGGUGGCUGGAGGGAGACUCAGGACCUCAGAAACGGCCGGAUCGAGAUUGAUGCUGAAGACUGGGACCUCGACGCCUUUCUUAUUGUUCUACAUGCGAUGCAUCACCACGUCGCUUUUAUCAUCAACGCCGGAGGACUUCCCAUCCCCGCCUUAAUCAUCUCAGCAAUGAACAAGUCCCGGGUAGCCGCUAUCGAGAAGGUACUGCUUCGAAUCCAGCAAACCCGCGAAGAAUACCUAACUGGGAUUCGAGGGUGUCGAUUCGAAUGCAGCUCGAUCAUGUACGUAAGUCUGACUAGACGAGUUCAUUCGAGCCAGCUCUUAUCACCCUGGCCCGUGGCUCCCUACCUCGGCCUAAGCUAUAAGCGAUUCAUCCAAGAGAUAGGAUCCUUCAGAUCACCCUGGUGGGCGGCGUUUUCAACCUCUCCUCCUCUUGUUUCGCAUACUUGUCCUGAUUCGUACUUUGGAUGCUUGUUCUUGGACUUGUAUAAUUCCGGCAUUGGCUUAGACCUUCCACCGACAACCUAA